CAAAGAUGGUUGCCAUUAGCGACGGCGCAACCGAAACUGCCGAGACUUUUAAAAGAUAUUUUCAACAAAAAGUGGAAGUUAGGUACGGAAAAAAUGUGACUGAAAAUCUGUAUUAUAUGAACUCGACAUGGCAGUUUCACAGAGCAAUGCAGAGGAAAACAUGAAGAUGGAGGGCAGCGAGGUGAAGCAUAUGGACUGCAUUCAGAAGUCACCUGGGAAACUUCAAAGUCUUCCCACGGAGGAUCUAACAGAGGAAAAGAUGUUGAGGUCCAGAGUAGAUGAGCAGUCAAGUUUGAUCUGCAUUCUGAAAAACAGAGCCGACGAGGUGUUUCUCCGAUAUCAAGCCCUGCAGAAAAUCAAUGCAGAGCAUGAGGACCAAGUGGCACGCUGUCAGAAAGAACUGGAAGAGGAAAGGAACAAAUCAAAGAUACUGGAGAAAAGAUUUAUGGAUUUAGCUGCCAACAAUCAAGCAAUUAUUGCUUUCAUGGAGGAGUAUAAAAACGAUAACAGCCGGUUAAAACUCGAAAACGAAAAGCUGCAGUCAGAGAAUGAAUCGCUUUUCUCACAGAGGUUACACGACAGCCAAGUGUUAGUGCAAAAACUGGAGGAAGAAGUUAAACUGCUGAUAGAGAAAUAUGCACACAAGAGAAAGGAAUAUCGGGAGAAAUUAGCUGGAUGCCAGAUGGAACUCCUGGGACAAGAAAAUGUGCAUAUAGCCAGGGAAACAUCACUAAUCGAUGAGCUACAGGAUGCACACCAGCAGCACAAAGAGGCUGUGGACAACUGCAAAGAACUGAAGCAGCAGCUACAAGAGGCUGAAGAACAGCGAGCUUUGAAUGAAAUCAAAAUGAGAGAAAGAAUAACAAAUCUCAUGAAGGAGAAGGACAAGUUUUUGUGUCUUUCUAUGGAAAGAGGCAAAGUGAUACAGGAGAAACAGGAGGAAAUCCAGAACCUGGAGACAAAAUGCAAAGAAGAGAAGAAAGUGCGACUGGAGGCAUUGGAGAGAUUUGCACGUGAAGUAGAAGCCGUUAACAAAGAUGCAAGAGUGAAGUCCCUCCAGUCUGCUCUUGAUCAAUCUGUGAGAAAGUUUGAGAAGCUAAAAGAGGAUUUCGACGCCUUCAAGGAACACAGUGACAGCCUCCUCACACAGGAAAGGGAGCUGAAUAGAAAGCUGCGCCACAUAACUGGCUAAACAUCUGAGGGACCAGCUUGCCCAAAUGACCAGUAAAGACUUCAGCUACCUGGAAGGGCUGAGACAGGAAACGCUGGAUCUUGCGGGCACGUGCUACAGUUAACUUGUCCUCCUCAGACAAUUCAUCCAUACCAAGGAUAGCAAUGAUGUCCUGUAAUGACUUAUAGUCCUACAGAAAAAAAAAGAAAGAAAGAAACAGUCA